AUGAACCAAACGUCUCUCGGUCAACUCUUUGAUAUUGCAAUUGUUGGAUACUCGUUCAAGCUCCCGCGAGGUGUUGAGGACGAUGAUGAUUUCUGGGAUGUUCUCGAUCACCGACGAAACUUGAUGACUGACUGGCCCGAAAGUCGCGUCAAAACAGAUUCAUUUGCCAAGAAUAAACAUCAGAAGUGGAGUGGAAAAGGAGGGCAUUUCAUCAACGACGAUGUUGUCGCCUUCGACGCCCCCUUCUUCUCACUCACGGCGAAAGAAGCUGCUGCGAUGGAUCCGAUGCAGCGCUGGACGCUGGAAGCUACCUACCACGCUUUCGAGAACGCGGGCCUCCCUGUUGACAGUCUCAAGGGCUCUCGCACCGCUGUCUUCUCGGCCUCUAUGCUGGAGGACUACAGCAGAAUGACGGCCGUGGACCCAGAUAACUUGGAGCGAACAGCUGUAACUGGAAGUGCUGUCUCGUGUAUUAUUCCCAAUCGUGUCAGCUGUUACUUUGACCUUCGUGGGCCAAGCAUUCACGUCAAUACUGCUUGUUCCAGUAGCCUGUCGGCUGUUGAUAUGGCAUGCAAAGCUCUGAGGAGCGGUGAUGCUUCAUGUGCUGUCGUGACCGGUGCAAACCUUCUUCUUGACCCCAGUAUCUUUCAGGUUCUGGCUAACCAAGGAUUUCUCUCACCUGAUGGCGUUUGUUACAGCUUUGAUGAACGGGCUAACGGGUAUGCACGCGGUGAGGGAGUUAUUGCUGUUGUUCUGAAGCCUGUGCAAGCUGCGAUUGAGAAUGGUGAUAUGAUUCGAGCUGUGGUUCGAUCGAUUGGCUCGAACCAGGAUGGCCAUACCCCGAUUCUUACACAGCCGAGCUCGCAAUCUCAGGAGGAGCUGAUUCACCAUGUUUACAAACAAGCAGGUUUGUCGAUGAGUGAAACUCGGUACGUUGAAGCUCACGGCACCGUGAUACUCGAGAAAGGGGUCAUCCCUCCCAACGCGCUACUUCAAAAGAUAAAUCCAGCACUAAACGUGGAUUCAUACAACAUCACUAUGCCAACGAAAAGCAUCGAGUGGCCUGCCGAAGGCCUUCGUCGAGUGUCUCUCAACUCUUUCGGGUUUGGCGGUUCAAACUCGCAUAUUGUUCUCGACGAUGCACUUCAUUACUUACAGGAUCGCGGCCUCAGUGGCUUCCAUAACACAACCCUCAUCCCAAGGUCUGUACCAAACGGCUUUACUGUCACCAACGGACACAAGCUUCUGGUAUGGACUGCCGCCGACGAAAAGACAGCUAAGCGCACUAUCGAGGCUUAUGACAGCUUUUACAAAGAGAAGGUGUCCGGGGGCCAUAAGAAGCUCGACCGUUUGGCGUUUACUCUGGGUACACACCGAAGUAACAUGCUUUGGAGAGCUUUCGCUGUGGUUGACGAAUCAACAAAGCAAGCAUUGUCGCCUUCGAAGUCCAUUCGAAGCUCAGAGGACCUUGGCCUGGCUUUUGUGUUUACAGGUCAAGGCGCGCAGCACAUUGAUAUGGGUUUGGGUCUUGAACGGUAUCCUAUCUACAAGAAGACUCUAGAGAAGAUCAGCGCGACUUACUCCAGCUUUGGGUGCUCGUGGAGCCUAUUUGGCAAAUUAGACGAGCUUAGCUCCGGGGACAACAUCAACAUGCCGCAAUACAGCCAGCCGCUUGCAACCGCUGUACAAAUUGCCUUGGUAGAUCUGCUCACCAGCUUCAGUAUCACGCCCAAGGUAGUUAUUGGUCAUUCUUCAGGUGAGAUCGCUGCAGCAUAUACAUCAGGUGGACUAUCUUUAGAGUCCGCUUGUAGAGUGUCCUACUUUCGUGGCAUCUUGGCUGGAAAGCUAAGAACGGCCAACACAACAUCUCCAGGCGCCAUGCUUUCCAUUAAUCUGGUACCAGAUCACGUCUCGGAGUAUCUGGAGAAGAUAGGUGUCACUACAGUCAACGUUGCAUGCAUCAACAGUCCUCUCAACAUCACUCUCUCGGGGCCUGAAGAGGCCAUAGACAAGGUCAAGUCGCGGGCCGAUCAAGAUGGGAUCUUUGCGCAGAAGCUAAAGACCGGAGUUGCGUAUCACUCACCAUCCAUGAGAGCCAUUGCGAGCGAGUAUCUUGGUGCACUCGAAGUGCUCACCAAGAGGAAAGAUGGCACCAGUAUCCCAAUGGUAUCAUCUGUCACCGGCAAAAGAAUUUCUCCAGAGACACUGUCGACUGGUCAAUACUGGGUUGACAACAUGCUGUCACCUGUCCGGUUCGCUGAGGUAGUGCAACUCAUUGCAAGCAAGAACUCAGCACGCAAAUUCGGCUUAGGCAAUAUCACUGACCUGAUUGAAAUUGGUCCUCACCCAGCUCUUCGAAGACCAGUGAAAGACACUUUGAGUGAUAUGGCCAGUGCUGCAAAGGGAGUAAGAUACAACUAUGUCUUGCAUAGAUCACACCCAGCAGCUCAGACCACUCUGGAGCUCGUUGGACAACUAUUCUGUCAAGGCUUUCCUGUUUCCAUCUCAGCAGCAAACCAGCAAUCCACGAAGGGGAAGUUCCUGGUUGACUGUCCCAAGUAUGCUUUUGACAGAUCACAGCGAUACUGGGCGGAGUCGCGUCUGAGCAAAGACUUCAGGCUGCGAGAGGCUGUCAAAGGCGAAUUGCUUGGAGUGAGGGUAUCUGACUGGAACCCACUUGAGCCUCGAUGGAGGAACUUUUGGAGCACUGAAUCAACUCCUUGGACUGGAGAUCACAAGAUCAGUGACACCGUCCUCUUUCCAGCAUCUGGCAUGCUUCUCAUGGCUAUUGAGGCAGCGCAAGAGAUGGUUCCAUCUGACCGCGCUGUCUUUGGGUAUAGCAUUGAAAGAUCUGAGUUUAUGAGCCCCAUAAUUGUGCCAGAAACAUGGGAAGAUCGCCUCGAGACGCAAGUCCGCCUACGAGUUGUCGACAAGCAACAGACUGCAAAGUUCGACGUCAGCAUCUUCACUUACUCGCGCAAUGAGUGGCUUGAGUGCUUUACUGCGAGUAUUUCGGUGGAGUAUCAGGACAACGACAGGAACGAAGAGCGACAAGUGAACCACAAGCAUAUCUGGGGUCAAUAUCAGGAGGUGGCCAAGACGUGUGCUUCACCAAUCGACUCUAGCGUCUUCUACCACGAUGCGGCAGAAAUUGGGCUGCAAUAUGGUGAUUGGUUCCAGCUGAUGCGCGACAUUAAGUGGGAUGGUAAAACCUCAGCCGUGGCACGUAUUGAUCUGUCUGAGCCAAGAUUCGAUAUCAGAAGCCUGGUCCAUCCUGCAGUCCUAGACCAAGCGUUUCAAGUUCUCCGAGCCAGCUCAGGCCAACAACGCGCAGCCAAUGUCCCCAUAAUACUCGAAAAUGCAUGGUUCUCCUCCAGUGCAUGGAAGACGCCUUCGGUACAGUGGAUGUGCAGCGCGACUCCGACUGUUCACGGCUAUGGAGAGCAGGGUAAGGUGAUAGCUUUGGGUGAGGGCGGAGAGAUACUUUGUUGCAUCGAUCAUGCAGUUACAUCUGCUGUCUCGGGUGAAAUAACCCACAAGGAGAAGAAGCUGGUUUACUCAAUUGAGUGGAAACCUCAGUUCAGCAUGCUUGACUCCAGCCAAAUCACACGACUAUGCGCCACCAAUGCUGUGCCAAAAGAUGACAGCGCAGUCCUGGAGAAUCACUCGAAGCUCUGUCAUACACUGGAGCUCGUAGCUGUUCGUGUGAUGAAGCGCAUUGACAAGUCCAAAGUUCCAGCAGAUUUGCAACGUCAUUUGGAGUGGAUGGAACACCACGUUAGCAAGUUAUCGACCGAACAUCAGGAUGAAGCAGUGAAGGUCUGUGACGAAGAGCUCGAGUUUCGCCUGGCCGAGGUUGACUCUGUCCUCCCAGCGUGGAAGUUAUAUACGACGUGUGCACGAAAGUUACAUGAGAUUCUGUCUGGCGAGCUUGAUCCUCUGCAGGUAGUCUUUGAGUCCGACCAGGCCGAUAUCUUCUACUCAGAUCUCUUUCAGAACCUCUGCGCUGAUGGUCAGCUCAAUUACCUACUUGACUUGGCAUCACAUGAGAACCCCGCUCUUAGAGUUCUCGAAGUCGGUGCUGGUACAGGUGGUAUGACGGGGCAUGUCAUAUCGGCUCUGCAGGAACGUGAGAAGCGUAUUGGAGGAUUGGCGUUCGCAGAGUAUACUUACACCGACAUAUCACCCGCCUUCUUCGAGACUGCUAGCCAAAGAUGGCCAGACCUCAAGAGCCAAGGCCGUAUCACUUUCAAGACACUUGAUUUGGACCGAAGUAUUGACAGUCAAGGCUUUGAACCGGGGUCUUAUGACUUGGUCAUCGCAGCGAGUGUGCUCCACGCAACUCCAUACCUGGAAGCCACUAUUCGAAACGUGCGAAAGGCUAUGAAGCCAGGUGGUCGUCUCAUCUUAGUCGAGGUUAUCAACCCCGAUGAUAUCGCCACCAACUUUAUGGCUGGACUUGUGCCAGGCUGGUGGGUUGCUCGCGAGGAGUGGAGACCCCAUUCAGCUGCUAUACCAGAGCAUCUUUGGGAUAAGUGCCUCAAGGAAAAUGGCUUCUCGGGGAAUGACUUCGUGAUCCGAGACUACCAAGAUGAUCAGUGUCAUAUUAUGAGUGUUAUUGUCACCACCGCGAGUGAAGUUGAACAAGCAGUUGAGAAAAAGGCAAGUAAAGGCCGUCUGGUCAUGCUAAUCAGUGAAGAGGCGUCAACGGGGGAGAGAGAGCUUGCAGAUCAAGUUCGUACACGAAUUGAUCUUACCCUAGUACGGCAUACAACCAUCGUUCCAUUCUCACUUGACUCAGUUCAGAAGGAACUUGUCAAUUUGACCAGUGGUGAUCUUGUCAUCUGCCUCGCUGAAGCUGGAGACAAACCUCUUCUCUCCACUUUGUCGGAAGAACAGUUCAGCGGUCUCCAAUUGAUGAUCAGAAAAGUCUCCAACCUUCUCUGGGUCACUUCACCAAAGAACAGCGAGUGUCCAGACUAUAGUGUGGCCCAGGGCUUCUUCCGUUCCAUCCGAGCCGAGCAGCCUGAUACUCACAUCGUCACCCUAGCAAUAGACGAAGAGAAGGCUCAAGUUUCACAAGCAGAGUUCAUCGCUGAGGUCUGCAAGAUUGCGUUCGAUACCAAAACGCCGUCAAAAGAAGUCGAAUACAUUAUUCGAGAUAGUGUUAUCACUACCGGUCGCGCUAUUCGAGACACGAGCACUGAUACCGCACUACGAUCCCUUGUUUCGAAGCAGCUGCAACAGAAGCCUUGGGGCGAGGGGCCAUCGUUGAAACUUAGUAUUGGCCAGCCAGGAUCACUCGAGUCACUUCAGUUUGUGUUGGAAAAUCCGGGGAUCCCCCUUCCUUUCAGGGUUUAG